CUCCAGACAACCAACGCCCCAGGAGAAAUGUAUAUUGUUUGGUAAAUUAAGUCUAUUCUAUUGGAAAUCUUUUUUUUUUUUUUGGGGGGGGGGGGGGGGGGUGGCAUAGGCUACUUGUUUCUUAAAUCGUUUGUAACGUGUGUGAUGAAUGAAUGUUGUUUUAAUUGACGGCAAUAGCCUAUGAAAGAUACUUUUUUUUAUAUAUAUAUGGGUGUAUUCAUUAGUGCACACCGUAGCAAACCACAGCAAAACGUUUUGCAACAAAGACGUGAGUUUCUUAGUAGGCUACUAUUUUAGAGGAGGCUAAAUCGUUUUAAACAUAACAUAACAAUAAUCCACAUAUUUUUUUAGACAUAACAAUAAUCCAUAUCUUAAAAUGCUUUCAAUUUCACAGAUGUUGAAUCCUUAGGCACAGCAUGGGUUGGAAACUCCUCUACAGUCUCUUUACAUUGAUGGUUGGCCUUCUUGGUACGUUUUUCCUAAAUUAAUCAUUUUAGAUACAGUAUGUUAUUUUUUGUGUAAACUGGCCUCUUGAUCAACAUCAUUGGGUGUGUUCACUGUAUUAGCCUAAUAUCAAAUAUGUUGAUGAUUUAGUUUGGCUACAAAUAUGUAAACCUGAUAAUCCUUGUAUAUCUUUGCUUCCCGACAGUUUCCACUGAAUGCCCCUCGAUCAGUAAUGGUAUCAUUCUUAAAACUGUGAAUUUGAAGAACACUGUCAAUCUCCCUUGCAAUGCAACCUGUGACAUUGGCAUCGUUUGGAAGAUUUUGGAUGGUCAGGUCGUUGCCAAGAUUGAUCAAGGAAAAUUAAUUCAAGGAAACACCUUUGAGAAGAGGGUGAAAAUCAACAACGACCUCUCUCUCACAAUCAUCUCUGCUGUGUACAAUGACAAGGGUUUAUAUGAGUGUAUCUGUCAUACGCGUACUGUUGCAGAUGUACACCUAGAUGUUCUGGGUAAGUUGAAGAGACUUGACGAAACUUUACAAAUUGAAUGUUGACUGGGAACAAGAACUAUGACUACUUUACUCAGGGAUAGAUUUGAAGAGUUUAUUUCCAAAACGCUAUACCCAACAGUUUUUUCAUAAGAAAUUAAUGGUUAUGGGUACCUUCAUGUGUGUGUAAAAUAUUACUGUUCUCAGAUUUUUUUAUCCAUAGAUGUGUAUGAAAAUGUUAUUUUUGCAAAAUGCUAUAUAUCCAUUGUUUAGCUGGAAUGGAAUGAUAUGUGAUUGUCUCACCUACACCUAGGUAUCUUAAAGGGACACUUUGGGAUUUUGGCAUUGAUGUCUCUGUGUCCAGUAUGAAGGAAGUUAGAGGUAGUUCUGCGAGCCAAUGCAAACGCUAUAUAUCCGCCUCUCAGAGAAAUAAGUAGUUCUACUAUGUUUUACAGUCAAAUGUAACAAAGAACUACAUUUUUUUAAACAAAAAAAUUACAAAUUCAUUAAUUUGUGACAUCAGUAUUUAAAAAUAAUAACAAUACAGUAAUAUGAGAUCUGUACGUAAAACAUUUACAUGUAACAUUUUAGUGAUUUAGCAGAUACUCUUAUCCAGAGCAACUUACAGUAAGUGCAUUCAUCUUAAAGGGAUACUUCGGGAUUUUGGCAAUGAGUCAGAUUAAUUUAUGUCUCUGUGUGCAGUUUGAAGGAAGUUGCUAACUAGCGCUAGCGCAAACUAGUGUUAGCACAAUGACUGCUAGCAGAUACCCAUAGACUUCCAGUCAAUGCUCUAAUGCUAGUUUGCGCCAGCGCUAGUUAGCAACUUCCUUCAAACUGCACGCAGAGACAUAAAAAUGGUAUCCACGAGUUCAUCUGACUCAUUGCCAAAAUCCCGAAGUAUCCCCGCCCUUACUGUAAGUUGCUCUGGAUAAGAGCAUCUGCUAAAUGACUAAAAUGUUCAAUGUAAAUGUUUUACGUACAGAUCUCAUAUUACAUUAUUGAAUUGCCACAAAUUCAUUUAUUUGUAAUUUUUUUUAUAAAAAAUGUCGUGUUUUGUUAAAUUUGACUGUAAAACAAAGUAGUACUACUUAUUUCUCUGAGAGGCGGAUAUAUAGCGUUUUGCAAAAAAACAUGAUUAUUUGUCUCUGAAGUGAAACCAUCCAGUGAUAUAUUUUAAACAAAUACAUGUGUGUCAUUGAACAACCCCAUGCCAUGGUUAAAUAGUGAAAAAACACACCAAUAUCUUUCUUAAUUUCGAAUUACAAUAAAAGCCAAUUUACCAACAUUUCUGAAAUUGAUAUAUAGCGUUUUGGAAUGAAACUCUUCAUUUAUGGAUGGAUUUGCAAUUGUUACAAUAUUGUAAUAUUUGCCAGACCACUGUUUAUCUAAAGUCAAUGUGUAAUUCCAACUCUACAUACUGUUGAUUUGUGUUUUAGAGUUGUGAUCAAUGGUCAUAAUAGUGUAAUAUCAUUCUGUUCUGUAAUUCUGUCUAUUCAUCUCACUUCCUUCAUCCUCCACUCCUCUCCUUUUGCCUUCACACUACUCUAACCUUAACCCCCCCCCAGCACCUUCUCUCUAACCUUACCCCCCCAGCACCUUCUCUCUAACCUUAACCGCCCCAGCACCUUCUCUCUAACCUUAACCCCCCCAGCACCUUCUCUCUAACCUUAACCCCCCAGCACCUUCUCUCUAACCUUAACCCCCCCAGCACCUUCUCUCUAACCUUACCCCCCAGCACCUUCUCUCUAACCUUAACUCCCCCCAGCAACUUCUCUCUAACCUUAACACCCCCAGCAUUUUCUCUCUAACCUUAACCCCCCCAGCACCUUCUCUCUAACCUUACCCCCCCAGCAUCUUCUCCCUAACCUUGACCCCCCCAGCACCUUCUCUCUAACCUAAACCCCCAGCACCUUCUCUCUAACCUUAACCCCCCCAGCACCUUCUCUCUAACCUUAACCCCCCCAGCACCUUCUCUCUAACCUUACCCCCCCAGCAUCUUCUCCCUAACCUUGACCCCCCCAGCACCUUCUCUCUAACCUAAACCCCCAGCACCUUCUCUCUAACCUUAACCCCCCCAGCACCUUCUCUCUAACCUUACCCCCCCAGCACCUUCUCUCUAACCUAAACCCCCAGCACCUUCUCUCUAACCUUAACCUCCCCAGCACCUUCUCUCUAACCUUAACCACCCCCCAGCAUCUUCUCGCUAAGCUUAACUCCCCCCAGCACCUUCUCUCUAAUCUUACCCCCCCACCCCCCAGCACCUUAUCUCUAACCUUACCCCCCCAGCACCUUCUUUCUAACCUUAACCCCUCCAGCACCUUCUUUCUAACCUUAACCACCCACCCAGCACCUUCUCUCUAACCUUAACCACCCACCCAGCACCUUCUCUCUAACCUUACCCCCCCAGAACCUUCUCUCUAACCUUAACCUCCCCAGCACCUUCUCUCUAACCUUAACCCCCCCAGCACCUUCUCUCUAACCUUACCCCCCAGCACCUUCUCUCUAACCUUAACCUCCCCAGCACCUUCUCUCUAACCUUAACCUCCCCAGCACUUUCUCUCUAAGCUUAACCACCCCAGCACCUUCUCUCUAAGCUUAACCACCCCCCAGCACCUUCUCGCUAAGCUUAACUCCCCCCAGCACCUUCUCUCUAAGCUUAACCACCCCCCAGCACCUUCUCUCUAACCUUAACCUCCCCAGCACCUUCUCUCUAAGCUUAACCACCCCCCAGCACCUUCUCUCUAACCUUAACCUCCCCAGCACCUUCUCUCUAAGCUUAACCACCCCCCAGCACCUUCUCGCUAAGCUUAACUCCCCCCAGCACCUUCUCUCUAACCUUAACCUCCCCAGCACCUUCUCUCUAAGCUUAACCACCCCCCAGCACCUUCUCGCUAAGCUUAACUCCCCCCAGCACCUUCUCUCUAACCUUAACCCCCCCCAGCUCCUUCUCUCUCCUCUUCUCCCCCCAGUCUGUUAAUUGUCAUACAUGCCAUGUAGACCUAUAUCUAAUCCAAUUGCUUUCAUAAUGGCACACCAUUCAAGGCCCACCCCUCUUCUCUCUUCUCAUUUAACAGUCCCGACAGAAAUAUCAGCUCACGUCAGAGAUAAUGUCACGCUUCACUGCUAUGGCUCGACCAAUAAGCAGGCGACCAAUGGUGAGAUGCAUGUGCAGUGGGAUAAAGAUGGACAGACUGUGCUGAAGAUUGACCCGACCAAUACUACCUAUGGCCCUGGAUUCAUAAACAGGACAUCAGUAAACAGGGAUGGUUACAGAGAGGGUGACCUCUCCCUCACCAUCACCAAUGUACACUCGUCUGACCAGGGGACCUACCUGUGCUUCUUCAACCGUCAUAGUGAUCCAGGAUAUCCACAUGGAGUCACUCUCACUGUUAAAGGUGGGAUGUCUAGUGAAUGCAUUGCUCACCUAAGGUUUUGAAUUUAUAUUCACUUUUUAAUGUAUAAACAUUCUUUGUCUUAUUAUUUUACAUCCUAUUCAUUUAGCAGACGCUCUUAUCCAGAGCGACUUACAGGAGCAAUUAGGGUUAAGUGCCUUGCUCAAGGGCACAUUGACAGAUUUCACCUAGUCAGCACGGGGAUUCGAACCAGCAAUCUUUCGGUUGCUGGCCCAACUCUUAACCGCUAGUCUACCACCCAGCCCAUGAUCAGCAUUAUCAUAGUAGUAGAUGUAGUGUUAGUGUAAUAAUUCAAGAGAAUAGUAUUUAGUCAUGGUAGUCUUGCUGUUCUGUAUUGUUGUCUGGGUUAGUUGAGAUUAUAAACUGGGUGGUUCGAGCCCUGAAUGCUGAUUGGCUGACAGCCGUGGUAUAUCAGCCUAAGAUCAGGCCUUAGCCGUGGUAUAUUGGCUAUAUACAGCACCACACCCCCUCAGGCCUUAUUGCUUCAGUAUAAUAUUGUCUUCAUAUCCCUUAUCUUUGCCCCACUAACACUACUGUUUUCUAUCUUUGUGUGUUUGUCUGUGUUUCUCUAGAAAACCGUUUGGAGUCUACAACGAAUGAGACAACUACAACGAGUGAGACAAGUGGAAGGAGUAGGUUGCCAUUAGUGGUAUGUCUAGUAGUAUGUCUAGUCAUUUGUGUGUUAGUAUUAGUGGUGAUCUGCAAGAGUAAGCAGAGACCUCCAACCAUGGACGACACGAUCACUGGAACAGAGGAUAAUGCAAUGGUUACCCUAGGACCACUACGUCUUUCCACCGAGGAGACCCCUCUUCCUGCUCCAGUCCAGGAAAGCGAACCAGUGACCACUGACAGACAGAAGAGUUCCGAUGAUCAUCCUGAUGAGAACAUGUGCCCCGAAAGAGUGGGACAUAUUCAUGAGGAUGAGCUCCCUGUCAUGAGGAUGGAACACACAGAGGAGGAAGAGGAGGCCCUCCAUCUCCCCGUGACUGAAAGUGGGACACUGCUAGAGCAGAAGAAGAGUAACACAGGGAGUUGA